CAUGACAGUUAUAUGAAUGCAUGUGAUCUCACACUUGUGACUUCCCCAUUUCAUCUCACAUCACGCAUGUUCAUCUCUCACAAUGUCUCGUUCUUUCUGUGCUCCUCACAAUAUGUACUGUGCAAUGGAAUGCAUCUCUGGUGUUGUUGCUUGAAGGGGUGGAUGUCCAUACUGGAUGAACAUGGCAAGGGGAGGAAACACUGGUUUGUUCUAGGUGAUACAACGCUGAGGUACUACAGAGACGCGGAUGCUGAGGAGUCAGAUGAUCUGGACGGAGAAAUCAACCUGACGUCCUGUGAGAAUGUGUCAGACUGCGAUGUGGAAAAGAACUAUGGACUCCAAAUACAAACAAAGAGAGCAGUGUUCACUCUCUCCGUUAUGACCUCCAGAAUACGUCGGAACUGGGUGAAGUUACUAAAGCAGGCGAUCCAGAACAAAGCGCACGAGAAAGAGAACCCCCUCUCCCGGAGACCGUCGUCAUGCCAACCCCCUGCUCGGUUCACCUGCAAGGACUCCGGCUAUGAAGCUACCGCUUCCACCUCCAGCGCCACAGCUGCAAACCCCCAUCAGGCCGACCACCACCACCACGACCAAACCGUAGACCGGGAUCUGGACUUGUCUCCGUCCAGUCAGAGAGAAGAGGGGGAGGGCUGGGACCACGAGCAAGCCAAGCGAUUGGAGGAGAGGAACAAGUGGUUUGAGGAAGGGGUCUCCUUCAGUGAGAUGGGCAGCAGGUGGGACUCCAUGGAGCUGAAGAGGGGGAGUGUACCCGUGCCCAUCACUGAGACCAUGGACUCAGACGUCAGCAGGAAGUGGGUAGAAUUUGAGACGUUGUCAUUUAGGGAAAUGAGCGCGCAGUCUCUCAUUGGAGCCCAGACGUAUGAAUCGAGUCCUGAAGAGGCCGAACAGCCUGCCACCGGAUCACAAACUGAUGCAUCCAGCCCAUCCAUGAAUGGAGCUCAAACUAUUCAAACAAAUAAAGCGGAAGCUCUACAAAAGGAGGCCCUCUCUCUUCGAAACCAAGUGGAGAGCAUCAAAAGGGAGCGAGCAGCCAUGGGGGUAGAGGUGGACAGCGCGUGUGGCCCCAGGGCCCCCUGUAGGGCCCGGCUAGAAGCCAUGGAAGUGGCCCAUCGCAAAGCUCUGCUGGAGCUGCAGGAGAUGCACGCGAGGGAGAUCGGGGAGCUGCAGGAGCAGAGAGACAGGAUGCUGCAGGAGGAGCCAGGAGGAGCCGCUGAAGCUGUGGAGUUACUGAGAGCAGCUCACAGAGAGGAGCUGGAGAGGGAGGUGGAGAAGGCCAGGAGGCUGGCCGGAGGAGCUGCACACGCGGACGCUUCACGCAGAGGCCACAUGCCACAGGCGGACGUCUCGCUCGGCGAAUUAGAUGCGCUGUCCGAGCGCUACUCCCAGAAGUGCCUGGAGCUGCGCCGCACCGAGCAGAGCGGCCGGGACCGAGAGGCUGAGCUCGACCUCAAGGAGAGAGAGCUGGAGCAGCUCAGAAGAGAGAACCAGGAGCUGAAGGCCAAACUGGCGGAAGAGAUCAGCCGCAUGCGCUAUUUCAUCACAGGUCAGAGGUCGGACACGGCAUCUCUUGGCAACGCUGAGCGCACUGCGUCUGAAUUAGAGACAUUACUAAGAGCGAAAGACAACGAGGUGCAGUAUCUUAAAAAGGAAAUCAGCUGUCUACAGAACGAAGUGCAGUCUCUUACAAAGGAGAAAGCAGCGGCGUACGUGGAGCUGAGUGACGCGAGGGUUCGCAGCCAGCUGGAGACGGGCUCCCUCAACGAACACUUGAGACUGGCCAACGCUGCUCUGCAGGAGGGAGCGAGGCAGACCUGACCAAUGAGGACCAACAAGAAAAACAAGAAAAAAAUACUUACCUUGAGUAAGGACGACGGCAAGCCAACAUAGAAAUAUUCACCAAAUACAACAGCAAAAUCAUGACAUUACAAUAACAAUGUGUGCCGUUGUGACUUAGAAGAGUCAGAAUGAGAAGAAUUCCACUGUGCAAAGACCAAAUAAUAACAAGUGUUCAUCCAUGUGUAA